AUGGAAGUAAGCUCAACGUCAAACUCAAUAUCAUCAAUUACUACAAUUUCUAAUAAUAUAAAUAAGCGUAAAAAUACUUCAAUAGAAAUAGAUGAUAAUAAAAGAUUUAAAAGUAAAACUCUUGUACCAGUUAUGAAUAAGAAUAAUGACAAUGCGAUUCAUGAUGAAAAAAAUUCUGAUUUAAGAGAGAUAAUUGAGGUAAAUAAACGUCCAAGUACACGAGAGUUGAAAUAUCUCUCAAAUCUAAAAGAACUAAUAUCGCUCAGCGAAUUAUCGAUCAGGGAUUUCACAUUUCAUUCAUUAACUGAACAAUUAAGGGUUUUAAAUCUUCGUAAAAUAGAAAUUAUUGGUGAUGGUAAUUGUUUCUUUCGCGCUAUAUCUCAUCAACUUUUUGGUAAUCAGACAUACCAUCGCGAACUAAGAUAUUAUGCAAUAGCAUAUAUUACACAAAAUAGUUCUGCAUUUGAAUCAUUUAUCAGUAAUGAGGAUAAUACUAUUUAUGAUUACAUUAUUCGUAUGAAGAAAAAUAAAACAUAUGCAGAUCAUUUGAUUAUUAUAGUCACAGCAUCAAUUUUAAAUCACAAUAUAAUAAUUCAUGAAUAUCGUAAACGUCCAUUACUAAUUCCUGGAUCUGACUAUAUUGAUCAACAAUUUCACAUUGCAUACAGUCCAGAUAAUCAACAUUAUGAAAGUAUCAAAAAAUUCGAUGGAACUAUACCUAUUUUGUCCUUUGAACAGUUACAACAAACUUAA